AUGACACCAAAUUAUUUUGUCCAUUUGAAACUCAAAACCAAUGUUUUCAGUAACUUCCUCACUACCUAUUGCUGUCAUAUCCAGCCAUGCAAUGGAAAGCAGGUUCUAUUAAGAGCAGUCGGUUUCUUUGCCCUCUGUCCCAACGUGGCACAGUCAGUCAACAUCACCAAGCUGAAUCUACUGCAGCUGGAAAUGCUCAAGAACCAGCUGGACCAGGAAGUGGAGUUCUUGUCCACGCCCAUCGCCCAGCUCAAGGCGGUACAAACGAAGUAUGUGGAAGCCAAGGACUGCCUGAAAGUGCUGAACAGGAACAAUGAGGGGAAAGAGUUACUCGUCCCAUUGACAAGUUCUGUGUCUGGCCCUAGGAAGCUACAUGCUGCGGAACACGUGCUCAUCGAUGUGGGAACUGGCUACCAUAUAGAGAAGACAGCUGAGGAGGCCAAGGACUUCUUCAAGAGGGAGAUAGACUUCCUCACCAGGCAAAUGGAGAAAAUCCAGCCUGCCCUGCAGGAGAAGCAUGCCAUGAAACUGGCUGUCAUGGAGAUGAUGAACCAGAAGAUUCAGCAGCUCACAGCCCGGGGAGCAAUUCAGGUUGCUAAGGCCAAAGACCUCGUUUCAGAAAAUGGGCAGUGGGGCCCCACCUCAAGCCUGGGACUGCGUGGUGGAGAAGAGAAGGGAUUUGUGUCUAUGCUGGCAGCUCGUUUCACUGAUAGUGGCCGCUCAGAGGUUGAAGCCAGACCAGGAGAGAAACAAUACUGCAAAUAUCCUGUGGGGCUUCAAGCUUAA